AUGGCCGCCAACACCCAGGAAAACAUCACCCAAGCUGCAGUGUCCGACGCUGUGCGUAUCGAGGCUGAGCGUGCUGCUGAGCAGCUUGCCAAAGCUACCGGUGCCACCGGCGCCUCUGUCGAGGCCGGCGUCGACCUGACUGAUCUCAGCGAGAAGGAAGCUCGUAAGCUCGAAUCUGAAGAACACAAAGCCCUCGGUUACCGUCCACCAAAGGGUUCGCUCGCUGCUGAAGCCAAGGCGGCUGCGGCCAAGCAUCCCGAGGGAUCCGGCGAAGAGCUCAACAGAGCGGACUUGCGUGACGUGGCGCAACUAGACGCCGCUCGAGUGGAAUUGGAGCAGAGCGCUCCUUCGACAGGAGCACUUCUUGACCCUGAAGCGGUGGUCGGGGUCGCCGGCCUUACCGAGAAGGAAGCCCGCAAGCUCGAGUCUGAAGAGCACAAAGCACUCGGCUACCGCCCCCCUCCCCACUCGCUCGCCGCCGAAGCCAAAUCCGUCGCCUCCAAAGACCCCGCCGGCUCCGGCGGCCCGGAGCUCACCCGCUCCGAGCUGCGCGACAUCGCGCAACUGGACGCCGCGCGCGUCGAGCUCGAGAACGCCGGCAUCAUCGACGGCGCGGGCGCGGUGGACGGCGUCGGCGUGGGCCCCUUCAGCGCGAAGGAGGCAAGGAAGCUCGAGAGCGAGGAGCACAAGGCGCUGGGGUACCGCCCGCCGAAGGACUCGCUCGCCGCGGAGGCGAUGCGGGAGGCUGCGAAGCACCCCGAGGGCGCCGGCGAGCCUGAGCUGAACCGCGCUGAAUUGCGCGAGGUGGCAGAGCUGGACGCGGCGCGCAUCGAGGCGGAGAAGGGCGCGGCUGCUGGUGCGACUGGCGGCGUCGUCGGCGUCGCUGUCGACCAGGACGUGAGCUUGGAGGGCCUCAGCGAGAAGGAGGCGAGGAAGCUCGAGAGUGAGGAGCACAAGGUGCUCGGGUACCGCCCGCCGAAGGGCAGUCUCGCCGCCGAGGCGAUGAGCGAGGCGGCGAAGCACCCCGAGGGCGACGGGCGCGAGCUCAACAGGGCCGAGCUGCGCGAGCUCGCGAAGGCCGACGCCGUCCUCGUCGAGGCGGAGAAGUCCGGCGUGGCCACGUCACCCACGCUUUCCGCCGCAUCGUCAAGUGCGCCCCCGAUCGACCUGAACAGCAUCAACGCGAAGGAGGCAAGGAAGCUCAUGUCGGAGGAGCACAAGCUCCUGGGGCACCGGCCCCCGCCCGGGUCGCUCGCGGCCGAGGCGCAGUCCGCCGCGGCGAAGCACCCCGACGCGCCGGGCGCUGCUGGUGGCCGGGAGCUGAACCGCGCGGAGCUCAGAGAAGUUGCGGCGGAGGAUGCUGUGCGGAUUGACGAGGCGAUUGAGCCGAAGAUCCGUAGGGGCAGCAGGGGAAGCCGCGGGAGCACUGGGAGCGUUGGGAGGAUCAGUCCGACUGGGUUGACGGGCGCUGCGGCGAAGAUCGAGCUCGACAAGAUCAGUGCCAAGGAGGCGCGGAAGCUCAUGUCGGAAGAGCACAAGAUUUUGGGCUACCGCCCCCCGCCAGGCUCGCUCGCCGCCGAGGCGCAGAGCGCCGCCGCGAAGCACCCGGAGGGCGUCGCGCCGAAGAAGGAGCUCAACCGGAAGGAGCUGCGCGAGGCCGCGCUCGAGGACGCCGCGCGCAUCGAGGCCGAGCGGCUCUCGCAGUCGCCGCCGUCGCUCAGUGCCACGGGCGAGCUCAGCCCGCCUGCGUUUGGUGGGCUCAGCACGGGCACCGCGCCGUCUGGGAAUUUGGACCUCGAGCAUAUGGCGAAGGACCAAGCAAGAGAGCUGCAGAGCGAGGAGCAGCGGAUUCUGGGGUACCGACCCCCGCGGGAGUCGAUUGCCGCUGCUGCGCAGAGUCUGACGGAUCGGAUGGAUAACGCGCCCCGGGGGAUUCGUGUUUGA